CCCACCCAAAACGACCUUGUUUGACGUUUUAAUAAUAAUAAAAAAGAAAACCCUAGUCUAAACCCCACCCCACCCCAGCUAUCUCACUUCUCUCUAUUCCUAACGGCACACACACACACCAGAGAGCUGGCCGUUGGCCGCUGGGAGCUCACCUCGACAUCACCGCCACCGCAAGAUUCCCGGCGUCUCCGCCGUCGCCGCGCCUCUUUCCUCCGUCUGAGCUUGGCUUCUCGCGCGUCUCUCGCCUCUGCGUCUGGUCGAGCUGUGCUUCACUGCUUCUUGCUUUGGAAGACCACCGAAGGACCAGGUCAGUCAGUUCAACUCGUAACCCACCGGUUGAACCAGUGAUCCAGUGACCCAAUAGAUUGAUUGGUUCAAUCAUCGGUUCAGUUUUGACAACUAUGAUAGGGCAGGGACCUUCAUUGUUUCCAAAUUUGAAUUUGAUGCAAUCAAGUGAUAGCUGACACUCUACCUCUUGGUCUAGCACUGACACUAUGUCUAUCAAGUUCUGCUUCUCAUUACUUCAACUGUGGUACUUGGUAGGCAGACAACAUGUGUCAAGCAUUAAUCCAAUUGAUGUCCUAUUAUUAAGAUCUUAGAUAUUAGAUAUGAUUGUGAGCAAGAGAGACUUCAACACUCUCUUCUCUCUCUCACGCUCUCUACUCCAUCUCAAGUCCAAAAUCAUUCUCUCUUUCUCUUUACCGCAAUCCUUCUCUACCUCUUCAGACAACACCCUUGAAGGUUUGGUCCAUCCCGACGACCCCUUCUUACACCACACUUCGCCCCCAGCCCCCGAUUUGUCACCUGACUACGCAUUCCUCCGCACCACUCUCCUCAAUUCAACCACUACUGUGCAUUCUGACGACCCUUCCCACGAUGCUAUUUUGAUGUCCGAUGCCAUCAGGAACACUAAUGACAGCUUUGGUGCCCAAACGCAGAAACUUUUCAGGCAAUUCAGGGGGAGAUUAACUGAGGCUUUGGUGGUGCAGAUGAUGUGCAAUGUGAGACACCCUGAAUUGUGUGUCAAGUUUUUCUUGUGGGCGGGGAGACAAAUAGGGUACACCCACACCCCUGCGGUAUAUGAUGCGCUCCUCGAUGUGUUGGGCUGCAAUGGCAGUGGUAGAGUGCCCGAGAAGUUUUUGCGGGAAAUAAGGGAUGAUGAUAAGGAGCUGCUUCAAAAGCUGCUCAAUUUUUUUAUUCGGAAGUGUUGCCGGAACGGGCUGUACAAUGCAGCGUUGGAGGAGCUCGGCAGGCUUAAGGAUUUUGGGUACAAGCCUUCUCCAACCACUUACAGUGCUUUGAUUCAGGUUUUCCUUGGUGCUGGUAAAUUGGACAGUGCUUAUUUGGUUCACAAGGAGAUGGAGAGUUAUGGGUAUGGUAUGGAUGGGUACACUCUCAGCUGUUUUGCGUAUUCUCUCUGCAGAGCAGGGAGGUAUAGGGAUGCUCUCAAUUUGAUUGCAAAGGUAGGUUAUGUGCCCGAUACGGUAUUUUACAAUAGGAUGGUUUCUGGUUUGUGUGAAGCUUCACUUUUUGAAGAAGCUAUGGAUAUCUUAAACCGAAUGCGUUCUAGUUCUUGUAUUCCGAAUGUUGUGACCUAUAGGAUCUUGCUUUCUGGUUGCUUGAGGAAAGGGCAGCUGGGGAGGUGUAAGAGAAUUCUUAGUAUGAUGAUUACUGAAGGAUGUUAUCCAAAUCGUGAGAUAUUUAAUUUUCUUGUACAUGCUUAUUGUAAAUCAGGGGAUUACUUUUAUGCCUACAAGUUGUUUAAGAAAAUGGUAAAAUGUGGGUGCCAGCCAGGGUAUCUACUUUAUAAUAUAUUGAUUGGUAGUAUAUGUGGCAAUGUGGAGCUGCCUAUCUCGGAUGUGCUGGAAAUAGCUGAGAAAGCUUAUGAUGAGAUGCUUGAUUCAGGGGUUGUAUUGAAUAAGGUCAAUGUAGGCAACUUUGCUCGGUGUCUUUGUGGGGCUGGAAAGUUUGAUAAAGCCUUUAAGAUAAUAUGUGAAAUGAUGAGCAAGGGUUUUGUUCCAGAUGAUAGUACAUAUUCUAAAGUGAUUCAUUUUCUAUGUAAUGCCUCCAAGGUAGAGAAGGCUUUUCUUUUGUUUGAAGAAAUGAAAAGGAAUGGCAUUGUUCCCAGUGUUUACACCUAUACUAUUUUGAUUGAUAGCUUUUGCAAAGCUGGUCUCAUCCAACAAGCUCGCAAAUGGUAUGAUGAAAUGUUAAGGGAUGGUUGCAAGCCUAAUGUGGUGACGUAUACUGCACUUAUUCAUGCAUACCUGAAGGCAAGAAAGUUGUUCGAUGCAAAUAAACUAUUCGAGGUGAUGGUACUUGAAGGUUGCAAGCCAAAUAUUGUUACAUAUACAGCUUUGAUAGAUGGUCAUUGUAAAGCUGGGCAGAUUGAAAAAGCUUGCCAGAUUUUUGCCAGAAUGCAAGGUGACAUAGAAAUCUCUGAUAUGGACAUGUAUUUCAAGUUGGAUGAUGAUAACAACACUGAAGAACCAAAUGUUAUUACAUAUGGGGCUUUGGUGGAUGGUUUAUGCAAAACAAGCAGGGUUAAACAAGCCCGUGAAUUGUUGGAUACUAUGUGGGCACAUGGGUGUGAACCGAACCAGACAGUCUAUGAUGCUCUUAUAGAUGGGUUCUGCAAGGCAGGAAAGCUUGAGGAUGCGCAGGAGGUGUUUGCAAAAAUGUUGGAGCGUGGAUACAGUCCCAGUCUAUACACCUACAGCUCUUUAAUUGAUUGUCUGUUUAAAGACAAACGAUUGGAUCUUGUUUUGAAAGUUUUGUCCAGGAUGCUAGAGAAUUCGAUUGCUCCUAAUGUAGUUAUUUACACAGAGAUGAUUGAUGGGCUCUGUAAAGUUGGAAAGGCUGAUGAAGCCCACAAGCUAAUGCUUAAGAUGGAAGAAAAGGGUUGUAAUCCCAAUGUUGUUACUUACACUGCAAUGAUUGAUGGCUUUGGGAAAUUAGGAAAAAUUGAACAGUGCUUUGAGCUAUUGAGAGAUAUGUGCUCAAAGGGUUGUGCUCCAAACUUUAUUACCUAUAGAGUAUUGAUUAAUCAUUGUUGUUCCACUGGCCUCUUUGAUGAGGCACACAGACUAUUAGAUGAAAUGAAACAAACAUAUUGGCCUAGGCAUAUAUCAAGCCAUCGUAAAAUUAUUGAAGGUAUUAACCGAGAGUUCAUAGCCUCAAUAGGGCUUUUAAAUGAGCUGGUUGAGGAUGAAUCAAUCCCUGUUGAUUCUUUGUAUAAAAUUUUGAUUCAUAACUACAUCAAGGCUGGAAGAUUGGAAGUUGCAGUGAAUCUGCUUGAAGAGAUUUCGUCAUCUCCAAGCAUUGCAAUGGCCUGCAAGUAUUUGUAUACUUCUUUAAUUGAGAGUCUUUCACAAGCAAGUAAGGUUGAUAAAGCCUUCGAGCUGUACGCGAGCAUGAUAAGUAAGAAUGUUGUUCCAGAGCUUAGCACAUUAGUCGACCUCAUCAAAGGCCUUACUCGGGUUGAUAAGUGGCAAGAAGCACUACAAUUAUCAGACAGCAUAUGCCAAAUGGAUAUCUAUUGGGUCCAUGAAGAGGGAACCAGUGUAAAUUAAAUGAUGAUGCACAAAUUGAAUGUAAUAGAAGAAAGUGAGUGAACAGAAGGAGGAUAAAGAAUGGUCAAGCUGGUGCAGGUUUAGCAGCUUUAGAACCAUAAUUGAUUGGGGAACCCGCAGAUCCAUUUGCAACUCCUUCAGAAAUAUUGCUGGAAUGUUGAUGCAAUAUCAGCAGCAAUUAUGCAAGCAAAAUCAGGUCUCGGAGUAAUAUUAAGAUUCUCUUCAGUGCCAAUUAAUCUGCAAGGUUCGAUAUCUUGAAAGGAGAUAUUAGAACACAAGUUUUGAAGAAUCAUUAACCCCAUGCAUAUAUUGCUCGGCAUUGAUUCAGCUUUAUUUCUUUAUUCUUUCUGUGGAUGCUCCACAGUUUUCCCUUUAUUCUUUUGCCAUGGCUCUUGCUACUAGUUUUGCAUAAGGCUUAACAUAUUAGAGGGUGUUUGCCUAUAAUAAUCUUUAAUUUUUUGAGGUGGUGUCCAUGCCUGUGUUAUCCUAUGAUAAGUACUUACUGAGUUUUGUUUAUCUUUAUGUGCUCCAUCUUUCCAAGUAUGGGUUUGUUGGUGGUGAUUGCAACAAAUGAUGGUCUUGUGCUCAUGUAAUUUUUUGCAUGGUCUUGUGCUCAUGUAAUAUUAACAGUUACUAUAUUGGUUCAUCUGUAAUUUUUUGCAUGGUCUUGUGCUCAUGGUUCCCAGAAUAACGGCAACUCUGAAAACAAAUGUUUGCCAGGUUCACUUCCUUUUUAUGUGAUGAACCCAGCAGUAUUCUUAUAUGAAUUGGCUAUUUACUUUUGCUUCAUGAUUUAUGAGAAGCAGCUGGUUUAGUUAUAGUUUCAAACCGUGAGCUUACUUUAUUCUUGGUCAGAAUCUAUAUUUGUGUUGUGUGCAUCUGUUUUUAGCUAUAAGUUCCAACAUUUGCAACUGAGUGAUAGUUGGCAAACUAAAUCACUUUAUUUUUUUAAGUAGAUUUCUCACCCUGUUUCUCACUUGAUUUAUGCAGGUUUAUUAGUUUAUCAGCUUAAUGAGUUUGAAAACAAUUUAUUGAUGAGAUUCAUCUAAGAGGUAUGAAUAUCAAAUUUGUGCUUCUGGUGGCAGCCUAUAUCAAAAUUUGUUUACUUCAAUUUAUUAUCUUACAUAAUUUGAAACAAUGAUGGCGUUAGGAGUGCUUUCUAGCCAUAAUUAAGUUUAUUGAAUUUAUUGGAUGCUUUGAGUUCAUAAUUCCAGCUGCAGUUCUGGUUGAUUUUAGACUUUUCAUGUAAUUCAGGGUAAUUUAUAUUUAUAUUAUAUUUAGACAUGAGUACAUAACCCUACUUUGUUGAAAUUUGGGUUUUAAAUCCACCAAAAACUGGUUGUAGUUAUAUAAAAAGAUUAAAAUUGCUAUUAUAUUUACCAUCCAACAACAACAACAAUAAAGCCUUGUCCCACUAGGUGGGGUCGGCUACAUGAAUCAUUAUAUUUACCAUCCACCAAAAAAAAAAAGAUUGCUAUUAAGACAACCCAAAACACUUGAUUAAGAAAUCAAAGCAUCUGUCUUAACCAAUUAUUCUUUGCUGUAUUCAUCUUCUUACUUAGUCAUGCAAUAAAGUCUCCCAAGUUGCAGUUCUUUCUAUGCUGUAUUCAUCUUCUAAGUUGAUCUUCAAUAAACUCUCCCAAAUUGCAGUUAUAAACUUCACAAUCAAGCUCUUAUAAAGUGUGGAGGUUGUAAAAUGAGAAAGUGAUUGUCUAAUGACUCCUGAAUCAAUAUAGUGGGGUUUACAGACAAUGGAAGUUAUAAAUUCAAUAGUGAUCAAAUUUCCUUCUUCCCACUUUAUCAAUUUCUUCAUUUUAGAGAUCUUUCUCCAAACUUCACAACAAACAUUUACGCACUUUGAAAUAUUUGGGUUUUCACGAACAUAGAUUUAGGUUGUGCAUGCUUUAAUUGUUACUAGUGGUAAUGAUGGUAUUGUUUCCAACAUGCACACUAACACUAGAGCCCUCCAAUGUUCUAUCUUCAUGCACUGCCAUUUUACAAGAAAGCACUUUUCCUUUUUCCUUUUCUUACUUUGGCAUGUAAUCUUCUUUCUCAUUGACAAAGAAAAAGAAUAAUUUCAAACGAAGAAGAGCAUGAUGAUGAUGAUCAAGGUGAUCAUGAGCCUUCAAGGUUGCUACUAUUGCAAUGCCUCCUAAAACGGUAGGCCAUUCUAAAUAACAUAGCAAAAGACAGCAAUGAAGCAUGCCAUGCCAAUUAGAAGGAAGAGAACCUAAAAAGCUUAGUCUCAAGCCUAUCUAUCCCUUGCUUUGCACCUUUUGAGAUGCAAGCACUUCUCUAAGUUUUAGGAUAGCGGUUGACAUGUGAAUUGCAAGGGGAGAGUUCUUUGGGAAGCCCUACGACAUUCAAAUCUUGUAUAAAUAUGUAUUUAAAGAAGGCUCGUUAAUGUUGAUAUUUUGGACAAAUUAGUAUAGUGUACAAUUCUCAGGUUUAAUAAGUACUUACAAAAUUCUCACAAGGUCAGACACUAUCAUGUUUGUUGGGUUGAGAUUGCAACUAAAAUUUCAGUUCCGGGACUCAAUUUCGGUCCCUUCAAUAUUUUCAAAAAGUGAGGACACAUGGACUGAAAUUUUUGGGGACAGAGACUGAAAUUUAAAUAACAAUUUCAGCUUAAAAUACCCUUAGUCCAAAUUGUUAAUUCCAAGUUUACCCAUUUUGCAAAAUAAAAUUCGGGCACAUAUAUCAUCUUCUCACACCAGAAGCUUCCAAGCAUCGAAGAUUCCUAGGUUGAGCUUCUGCCACAUCGCCGUCGUCAGGAUCACCUCCUCCUUCACGUCACCAUCGCAGCCAGCGUAGUUAGGUGAGUCGUCGUCACAAUUAGAAGUUCGUAUUCGACGCAAGACGAGCAUCAACUGCCUCCACUUGGAGCCUCUGUCUUGUUGUCGCCGCGAGGAACACAACAUAAAUUUCGCCGUCGUAGCCACCGUGAGCUGGGUGAGUCGCCGUUGUAUAUGUUCUUUUCCACUGUGUUCUCAUCUCGUUUUUUGCAAUCGCAGGACCAGCCCGCCAGGACUCUGCCGUCUCACCGCCGCCAAGACAACCACCUCCUCGUCAUCGUUAGCUUGCCACCGUGACCUAGGAAGGAACGGAGCGUUCGGAAAUUGUAAAACAAUGUUGAUUUUUAUCAAAUGAUGAGAUUGAGAACAUGGAUAUGAAUCCGGAAGAGCAAACUAGCCUUGGAUGAAUUUUCGCCUAUCGGAUAGGAAGCACCGGACAAGAUGAUUGAUGUGGUUGAAAAUACAAAUGAGUGGACGCAAUGACAUGACAACAUUGCAAUUGAGAUGUACGAAGAGUGGCAAACAAGUCGUACGGAAUAGGAAUAACUUAUAGGCCCGGUUUGAAUCUCCUUGUUUAAUUUGGCAUGACACUUGUGAUGUAAUAGCUUAAUUUGUAUUUGUAAGACUAUCCAUUGUACGGUUAAACUCAUUGUUAUUGAAAUUUAUAAAUGGUUA